UUAUUGGAUUAACAAUGUCAGGUCAGCAACAGAGAAAGGCGAAAUAAAAUAACAGGGUCAGGAAUAUUUGAUUUCAUCGGUUUCAUUUCAUUAUUGCGACUGGACACCAUCAUGGCCAGUUUUCUUGGUGUUUUGUACUUGCUGGUGGUUAUCCAAGGAAGCUACGCUACUGUGUUCUACACGCCCAAUGCGUACAGCUACCACACCGUCAGUAGGUACGGCAUCACCUGCGCCGGCAAGAGCUACGUCACUUUCAAAGUGCGAGCCUGCAAUGACGCACAUUUGGCCUUGAUGACGUAUGACCGUGACAGCGGUCCUCUGUACGAGAUCGUAAUAGGCGGCUGGGGUAAUGGACAAUGCUGUCUGCGUAAAUCCAAGCAAGGGUCCUGUUAUAGAACCUACAGGGGCAGCGUGUUGAACUGUGGCUCCUACCAGUACUUCUGGGUCAGCUGGGGUGGUUCCGUGAUCCGUCUGGGGAGAGGCACCACCUACGGUUCGAACACUCUCAUGUCUCUGUCGGACUCUUCCAUAAGAGUCAACUACAUCGCUGUCAGCACGGGAUGGGGUUCGACUGGCUACUGGGAGUUCUAUAACCCUCCAGUUCACGGUGGAUGGUCCAGUUGGUCUGGAUACGGAUCGUGCUCCAAGUCCUGUGGUUCCGGGUCCCAGUCCCGGAGUCGUAGCUGUAAUAACCCCUCCCCAGCUUACGGCGGUAACUCCUGCUCGGGGUCCUCUUCCUCUUCCCGGAGCUGUAACACACACAGUUGUCCUAUUCACGGCGGAUGGUCCAGUUGGUCCGGAUACGGGUCGUGCUCCAAGUCCUGUGGUUCUGGGUCCCAGUCCCGAAGUCGUAGCUGUAAUAACCCCUCCCCAGCUUACGGCGGUAACUCCUGCUCGGGGUCCUCUACCUCCACCCGGAGCUGUAACACACACAACUGUCCUAUUCACGGUGGAUGGUCCAGUUGGUCUGGAUACGGAUCGUGCUCCAAGUCCUGUGGUUCCGGAUCCCAGUCCCGGAGUCGUAGCUGUAAUAACCCCUCCCCAGCUUACGGCGGUAACUCCUGCUCGGGGUCCUCUACCUCCUCUCAGAGCUGUAACACACAUAACUGUCCAAUUCACGGUGGAUGGUCCAGUUGGUCUGGAUAUGGAUCGUGCUCCAAGUCCUGUGGUUCCGGGUCCCAGUCCCGGAGUCGUAGCUGUAAUAACCCCUCCCCGGCUUACGGCGGUAACUCCUGCUCGGGGUCCUCUACCUCCACCCAGAGCUGUAAUACACAUAACUGUCCAAUUGACGGCGGCUGGUCCACUUGGAGCGGUUAUGGAUCAUGUUCCAAAACUUGUGGAACGGGAACGCAGUCCCGAAGUCGCACCUGCACCAACCCCGCCCCGGCCUACAAUGGACUGAGCUGCUCUGGAUCAGCGACCAGUUCACAAAACUGCAACACUCACAACUGUCCAAUUGACGGUCAGUGGGCAACUUGGGGGUCCUGGACAACAUGCUCGGUCACGUGCGGUGGUGGCUCUCAGUCGCGUACGCGCACGUGUACCAACCCUGCACCACAAUACAAUGGGAGUCCAUGUCCAAAUUCCGCUUCAUCAACCCAAGCCUGCAAUACUCACCAUUGCCCGAUCGAUGGGGGGUUGAGCAGCUGGGGCUCCUGGGGCACGUGCACCGUCACGUGCGGAGGAGGAACACAGGAUAGGCUGAGGACAUGUACAAACCCCGCCCCACAGUACGGCGGGGCGCUGUGUGUCGGAGCAACGACGAACACCCAGGACUGCAAUACGCAAGUCUGCAUCAUUGACGGGGCGUGGAGUUCGUGGUCAGGGUAUGGUCUGUGCUCAGUGUCAUGCGGGGGAGGCAAGCAAUCCCGAUCCCGAACCUGUACUAACCCGAAACCCGCCAACGGUGGACUGGACUGUCCCGGGGGUGCCAGCGAGCUCACGGACUGCAACGUGGACGUCUGUCCCACCGUACCGGCAGGACAGUAUCAACAGCUUUGUCCGGCUGGGUGGUUCACGUGCGAGACUGGAGGAAUCACGUGCAUUGACGAAGCCUUCCAGUGCGACUGCUCAAAGGACUGCGACGACGGAAGUGACGAGGAUGCCACCUAUGCCAGUUGUACAGUGACUCAGAUGGCGAGUUGCAAAAGUAGUGGAGGUCACAUGACCCUUUCUAUCAUGGCAGCGAUGCUUCCGGUAUUAGGCAUGGUCCUGCUUCAGAUAAUUAUCUGAGGAAUUUAACAAUUAAACUUAGCAUGUAAAGGUUUAGGACUAUUGGUUCCAAAAAGAAUUGAAAUCGGUCUAUUAUUUUUAAAACAAUGUAAUUCAUAUUUAUCUAAUCUUUAUUCAUUUUUUUUCAUGAUUAUUUUAGUUGGCCCCUUUUGGGUUUUUGAUCUUCAAGUUAUAACUUAACAUCAAUACCUUGUCAUAAAGAAAAAAAAUCUCUUCACAAAUUUGAAAAUCGAUGGACUAUUAUUACUUUAUCUGAAAUUUUUUUUUUAUAUUUUUAUAGUUCUUUAUAGUAUUGAAUGUGUCAUUUCAAAAUCAUCGUAAAUUUGGUCGUGGUCAAAGAAAUUUAUUAAUUAUAAGUAUUCAGCUCAGAGCUCUGUGGGCUUAUUUGUUAAUAAAAUUUCUAAAUACUUAUCGCCCAACUACUUUGUAGUGUUGCCUUUGCAAUAUAUGUUUUUCACUUCAAUAUAUAAAAGACAAAUGGCUUUGUCCAUGGCUACCAUAUUACAUGUAUUUCUCAAUAAAAAAAAUAUAUGCUUGC